AUGAACAUUCUUACGAGAAAUAUUGCACAAAAUUUGUUGAAAUACAACAGUGCCGGCUUAUUUCAAGCCGCAGCGAGAGGCUUUAGUGCCGCCAACCUUGACAGCAAAGAAAUCGAGAAGCUAGUGAAUAAUAAUAAGGUAGUAAUUUUCAUGAAAGGCAACCCGGACGCCCCGAGGUGCGGGUUCAGCAAUGCGGUGGUACAAAUUUUGCGGAUGCAUUCAGUAAAAUACGACAGUCACGAUGUGCUUCAGAACGACGCUCUCCGCCAAGGCAUCAAAGACUUCUCGAAUUGGCCUACUAUUCCACAAAUUUUCAUCAACGGAGAGUUUGUUGGCGGGUGCGACAUUCUUCUGCAAAUGCAUCAGAACGGAGAGCUUAUCGAAGAGUUGAAAAAGGCCGGUAUAGAGAGCGCUCUAGUCAAGGAAGGGGAAAAGUAGUGACUGGACCAAAUCCGUGUGUUUAGCUUGUCGUGCUAAUAAAA